AUGAAUGAUAAUAUUAGUAAAGUAAAUAGUACAAUUGUAGAAUUAUUAGGUAUGUCUGAUCUAUUUAAACGAAUGCAAAAUGUUUGUUGGGGAAAGUGUAUACCAGAUGUAAAUGAUCCUUUUUUAUCAGUUGGUGAAACAAGCUGUGUUGAUAGAUGUGUUCAUAAGUAUAUGGAAAUUCAUACAUUAGUAGGAAAAAAUUUACAAGAAUCUCAAAUUACAAAAUAG